AUGAAGCUAGGUUUGAUAUCGACGUUGUUGGUCACAUUAUUUUCAUAUAAUGUCAAGGCUAUUGAUUUGGAUGUUACUUCAGACGAUUCAAUAGAUAGUGCGUGUGCCUUGAUUGCAUCUGGGUUGAUGGAUUACUACUGGGGUAAAGAUUAUGGUGGAACAAUUGGUAUGUUUACCCAUCCGUACUAUUGGUGGGAAGCCGGAGGAGCAUUUGGAUCUAUGAUUGAUUAUUGGUAUUAUUUUGACAAUGAUACAUAUAACGAUGUCGUUAUCCAAUCAUUACUAUACCAAAGAGGAGAUGAUAAUAAUUUUAUGCCCUUGAAUCAAACAACAACCGAAGGUAACGAUGAUCAAGUUUUCUGGGGGAUUGCUGCAAUUCAGGCGGCCGAAAGAAACUUUACAAAUCCAGGCUCCCAAUAUCCUUCAUGGUUUGAGCUAGCAACUGCAACUUUCAACACAAUGAAAAAUAGAUGGGAUGAAGGAUCAUGUGGAGGGGGGUUAAGAUGGCAAAUUUUCCCCUGGAAUAAUGGUUACGACUAUAAAAAUACUGUUUCGAAUGCCGGUUUAUUUCAUCUAGGUGCAAGAUUAUUAAGAUAUACAGGAAAUGAGUCCUAUUACCAUGAUUGGUGUGACAGAACAUAUGAUUGGAUGGUUGAUAUUGGAUUUAUCAAUGAAACCAAAUGGGCAGCAUAUGAUGGUGCAAAUAUUGAAUCAAACUGUCAAAAUAGAACACCGUACCUGUGGACUUACAAUUAUGCGUUGAUUAUAAGUGGUUGUGCUUAUAUGUACAAUUACACAGGUGAACAAAAAUGGCAUGAUAGAGUCAUGGGUUUUGUACAAGGAACUAAAAUCUUCUUUGACGAGCACGGUGUGAUGUAUGAGAGUGCGUGUAUGAGAGUGCAUACAUGUAAGACAGAUCAGAGAUCAUUCAGAGCUUAUUUUGCUAGGAUGUUGGCGUUAACUGCGGUAUUAGUACCGGAUAGUUACGAUGAGAUAUACUCCAGAUUAGAAACAUCAGCCAAGGCGGUUGCACAAUCGUGUGUUGGUGGUUACGAUCACCAUACUUGUGGAAUGAACUGGUCUUAUCCUGGAUGGGACCAAUAUUAUGGGUUGGGUGAGCAGAUGUCAUCGCUAGAAGUUGUACAAAGUUUGAUGAUUAAAGAGAAACGGAGAUUACUAACGUUACAAGACGGUGCAACAAGUGAUGGGUUCCCUGAUUUCGGUAAUUCAACAGCAUUGCCAACACAGAAGGCAUUAGAUUUAAAUAGGGGUGAUACAGCAGGUGCGGCAAUCAUUACAGUUGUUAUUUUGAUACCAACCAUUUUGCUUGGUUAUUAUGUUAUUGUGUAA